AUGGCUCCUUCAAGACAAAGUUCGGUGCCUAGCAGUGCUAGUUCAGUUGCCUCUGGUGGAGGUAGCAGUAAUAACAAUGUUCUCAAUCAUGCUUCACCAUUCAUUAAAAGAGAUAGAUAUAAGAGAAAUUUGUUAAGAGCUAGACAAAUUCAGAAGAAUGGUGGUGUUAAGAAAGAAGAUCCAGUGAAAUUGGAAGAUAACGAAAAAAGACUAUUAGGUGUAGAGAAAGGUAUGGCAAAUUUAAAGAAAGAGCCUGGUGUUGUAGAUGGUGAAAAUGAAUUUAAUGAAUUUCCUUUAAGAGCGAUCUCUGAAGAAAAUCUCGAAAAUAUUAAGACACAUUUAUUAAAAUUUCAAAGUAAGAAAAAAAUUGAUCCUUCAAAAUCGUUUCAUCCACCAAUUCGUUUACAUAGAAAAGAUACAAGAAAUUUACAAUUUCAAUUGACUAGAGCAGAAAUUGUACAAAGACAAAAAGAAAUUGCUGAAUAUAAAUUGAAACAAGACGAUGAAAAAACUAGUUUCCCAAAUAAUAAUAAAUUUAAAAAUAAUAAUAAUAAUAAUAAUAAUAAUAAUAGUAAUGCCAAUAAUAAUAGCACCAUAUCAAAUACAAAUACAAAUACAAAUACACCAACACCUGUGAUGUCAGCACCAUUAUCCGCUGUUUCAACAGGUCUCGGAACGAAUACAGCUAAUCCAACGACAGGGUUAUCGAAUGUGGAUGACAACAAUGUUUCUACCAAUAUAAAUGGGAUUGCCUCUGAGAACAAAGACGAUGACAAUUCAAAUACUUCAAAAAUAGAUAAACUUAACGCUAUUAUACCUAUGGUUACUCAACUGGAAGAAGCAGGUAUAUCUGAACACCCAGAAAAAGUGGGUAUGGUUAAGUAUGAUGGUAAAGAGGAAGAAGAGUUGGGUCAAGAUAAAGGUACGAUGGACCCAAUGGCAGAUGUUGCACCAGAUGGUGGUGGUCGUUCCAGAAGAAUUAAUUCAAAGAGAAAGACUCGUCAAUUAAAGGUUCUUGAUGAAAAUGCCAAAAAAUUAAGAUUCGAAGAAUUUUAUCCAUGGGUUAUGGAAGAUUAUGAUGGUUACAAUACUUGGGUCGGUUCUUAUGAAGCAGGUAACUCUGAUUCAUAUGUGUUAUUAGCAGUUGAAAAUGAUGGUAGUUUCACCAUGAUUCCAGCCGAUAAAGUCUAUAAAUUUACUGCAAGAAAUAAAUAUGCAACUUUAACCAUUGAUGAAGCUGAAAAGAGAAUGGACAAAAAGAGUGGAGAAGUUCCAAGAUGGUUAAUGAAACAUCUGGACAAUAUUGGUACAACUACAACAAGAUAUGAUAGAACAAAGAGAAGACUGAGAGCAGCUGCCGUUCAAGGAGGUGGUCCAGAUGAUGAUGACGAUGAUGAUGAUGAUGAACAUGAUGAUAAUUCUGAAGUAGAAUUGGAUUAUGAUGAGGAAUUUGCUGAUGAUGAGGAAGCUCCAAUUAUUGAUGGUAACGAACAAGAAAAUAAAGAAUCAGAACAAAGAAUCAAGAAAGAAAUGCUUCAAGCCAACGCAAUGGGUCUUCGUGAUGAUGACCAAGUAGAUGAAAAUGAAGAUGAUGAUCAAUUAAACGAUAAGAAGAUUGACGUAGAAGGUGAAAGAAUUAAAAAGGCUCUUCAAAAGACAGAAUUAGCAGCAUUAUACUCCUCAGAUGAAGAUGAGAUAAAUCCAUACUUAUCUGAAUCUGAUAUUGAAGCACAAGAAACUCCAGAAGUUAAGAAGGAAGAAUCAGAAAAUAAUACACCUUCACCAAAAAAGAAAAGUCCAGUUGGUAUAAAAAAGGAACAAUCUGAAGACCUGGAGACCAUCCCACCAAAGAUUAGAGUUAAGAGUAUUAAGGACUGUAUAGUUGUCUUACAAAGUAACAAAGAUGUAUUAGGUAACUUCCAUCCAGGUGAAUGGAACCCAGCUACUGCCAUUAAGAGACCUAGAUUGGCCGAUGUAUCUCCACAUAUGACAGAAACUGGGGUCGAAAUAAAAGAGGAGGAACAGCCAAACAAGAAAGUCAAGGUGGAAUCAAGUGCGACUGCCACAUUAAUAACAGAAAAAGAUAUAAUUGAUGAAAUGGGAGACGGUAAAGUUAAUGUUAAGGACUUUGGUAAGAUGAUAAGAAGGAAAUAUCCAGGUUCAGAAAACAAGAAGUUAAUGUUUUCUAUCGUUAAGAAACUUUGUAGAAAGGUCGAUAACGAACAUAUGGAACUGAAAAAUUAA